CUAGGUUGUGGUUUAUAAAUCACAGCAGUUGAUGUGAUUUAUCACAGAUGUGAAGGCAGAACGAAACCACAACCAAACUUGGUGUGUGGCAUGAGAGAGGCCAAGAUAAAGUGCCCUACACGAUGAAUGUGCACACAAUGAUUUUUCCUGUCUUUGGGUUUGACAUCAAUAGAGGAAGAAGUUAUAGAAAACCUGAUACAGAUUCCCCUGCAAUGCAUUUUAUCACUGCUUGAGGAGGUUCUGAGGGAGCUUUGCAAGCCAAUCCUGAAUACCUCUUACAUCACAUGCUUCAAAACAAUAACAAGCUCCAUGGUUUAUAAGAAGUUACUUCUAUACUCAUUGCUGUGAAAAAAAUAUGUAUGUAUGUAUGCAGAAAAAUUGUCCUCUGUAUAUCUGUGACCCAGGAAUCUUCUGAAAGACACUCUGGAUGGUGAAUUUCAUCAUUCCCCAAAUUUGAAUUAGGGAGUAAAGUUUUUAUGGAUGCUUUUUCCUUGUUUUUUAUUAAUCGAUAUAUUCAGCCCAGUCUAAUAAACUAGAGGAUGGUUUUACGGGCAGAAAGAAGAUAGCAUAGGGUUCAUGAAAUCUGUAUGAAUAUUUUAAUAUAAAUUGGAAACGCUCCAUUGAGAAGAAUGAUAGGAUCACCUUUUCUUCAGGACUUGAAACAUUAUCAAUUUGAAACACAAGGAAUGAACUAAAUGGCAAACAGCACCACAGUGAGGGAAUUCAUAUUGUUAGGGCUAACUAACAACCAACAAAUUGCUGUUGGCCUUUUUCUCAUCCUGCUUGGGAUUUAUCUUUUGACAUUGAUAGGAAACAUGUUGAUUAUUAUUGUCACAUUGGUGAAUGCCCAACUGUGUAGUCCAAUGUAUUUCUUCCUCCGACAUGUGGCAUGGAUAGAGAUUGGGUAUGUAAGUAGCAUCAUUCCUAAAACACUGGCCAACAUAGCCACUGGUAGCAAGAGUAUCUCUUUAGCUGGUUGCUUCGUACAGAUGUUCCUCCAUUUUGUUCUUGGCACCACUGAAUUCCUUCUACUGGCCACAAUGUCUGUUGAUCGCUACAUAGCCAUCUGUAACCCUCUUCACUACACAACCAUCAUGAAUGAACAAAUCUGCUCAUUAUUGGUACUUUGUUGCUGGAUUGGGGGUUUGUCAUUAAUUCUAGUUCCAGCCAUUCUUUUCUUUCAAAUGCCAUUUUGUGGUCCUAACAACAUCAUCAAUCAUUUCUUUUGUGACAAUGGAGCACUAAUCAAACUCUCAUGUGUUGAUACCAGUCUCCUAGAACUGAUUAAUUUUAUGAUUGCCAUAUUCUCUCUGCUUGGGACCUUAAGUGUCAACAUUGUGUCUUAUGUCAAAAUCAUUUCCACGAUUCUGCGCAUCCCAUCAACUACAGGGAGGAAGAAGACAUUUUCCACCUGUGCAUCUCACAUGACUGUGGUCUCCAUCACUUACAGCAGUUGUGUUUUCAUGUACAUAAGACCCAAAGGCAGCAGCAAAUUAGAUUUCAACAAAAUGAUAGCUCUUCUGAAUACUGUCCUGGCUCCACUUUUGAUCCCGUUCAUAUAUUGUUUGAGGAACAGACAAGUGCAGGAUGCUUUGAGGACUGAACUGAGACAAUGGAUUGAGUUUUGCAAGAAAUUGAAAUGAUUUGUCAUUGAAGUGACCUUGAAUCAGAUUUUAAAGUUCAUCUUCUGCUUUGUUAAGUUAUGGCAUGUGCUGCUUUCAGAUGUAAUGAUCACACACUGAUGUGGUUUACAAGAGGACGUGGUAAUCAGGAAGCAAAACAUUUGAUAAUCCUCAACAAAAUAAAGCACAAUAUAUCAGGAA